AUGUCUCAGAGUUCUUAUGCAGAGGAUAUUCUUGACAGGGCAGGCAUGUCACAAUGUAAGCCUUGCCCCACACCAGUUGAUACAAAAGGCAAACUCAGCGCCACUUCGAGUGCCCCGUAUGAAGAUCCUACGAAGUAUCGUCGUCUGAUUCUUUCUAUGGUUGAAAAUGUUAUUAUUUCUAGUAAGCCAGAUAUGCCAAAAGGAGAAUGGCAAGAUAUGGUUCCAGUUAAUGACAUUAUUAAAGGGUUGAUGUUUGAUGGAGUUCCAGAUAUCUUGCCCAUUGUUGGAGGUGCCCAUUGA